GUUUUCUUUUUUGGAGGGGGUCUUGCAGCUAAAUUUAUAAAUUGUUUCACAAAGGGAUACUCAACGCGUUGAAUUAAGUUAAGACACUAAGAAAAGAUGACUGUUAUGAAAAAGACUUGGUGGAGAAGGACCUGAGAUACUCUGAAUGUCAGACCCAAAUUUCCCGUAUGUCGAGCUCCAAAAACAGUGGAUCCUACACUUCCCAUAAUACAUCUGGAUUGUAUCUAUAUGUUAGAAAAUCAUUUAACUGAAAAAAUGCAGUUUCCAGGCCCAAUCCAAGAUACUAUCCCAAACCCUGAUGACAUUGCCAGGGGUUCCUGUCAGAGCCACAGAUACAAACAAUUUUCACCCAAUUUAUACAAAUGUUUUGGCAGAUUGAGUAGUGAUCUCCAUGAGGUAAAGAGAUUUAGAUGAGGGAAGUCCCUUUGAAUUAUCUUCUCUUUUUUUUUACUGUGAUCUGUUACAGUCAACCACUACAACAAAUGUGCAAUAUUACUCAAUAUAUAUAAAUGUUGCAUUAAGCUGCACACACUUGAAACUAUACAGCAGGAUGUAACUAAUGCGUGAGGCAAAUAAAGGAAUAGUGAAUUUUGGGACAUUUGUUGAGAGUACAUGAGAGGAUCGCAAAAGCACAACGACUAGAAACAGGGGAAAUGGCUCCCUUUCCAUUUGCCUAUUAAAUGCUUAUAUGAGAUAUAGUAUGUUAUAGACUGUAUUGUUCACUUUUUGUGCCAUAUUUCAUAAUCAUAAUUGGGACACAAAAUAAUGGCUAAUAAAUAAUGUAAAUAUAGAUCAAAGUAAAACCAGUAUGUGCAAAGUAUCUUCACCCUGCUGAGCUACACAUCUAAAGAAUUCAAAGCACAUAAAUAGACUUGCACUAUUUACUGAAAAUUCACAGUAUGUCAUGAAAAAAUAUUUAUGUGCACGUGUUCUACUUGUCACUAUUGGAUUAUUUUAAAAAGCAUUAAGUUUGUGUGGGUUGAGUAUAUUUUUUUAAUCACUCGAAAUCUUGACAGGUUUAUAAUGAGGAUACAAGCACAGAAGGCGGACAGGCGGCUUCUCUUGAAGAGGGAUUGUGUAGUGAACAGAAACAUUUUCUAGCUUUUUAUGAGCUUUUUUGUGCAUUUUUUCUUUCCCAGGACACACAUCUAUUUCCCUCCCUUCGUUUGAAUAUUAUUCUAAAGCCCUGCAUCUAAUUAUCCAAAUUCUUCAGUCUCAUCAAUAUCUUCAGUUCCCUCUCUAUUCCUUCUAAUACCAAUUAAUCAGAUGUUACUUCCUUUAGCUUCCCUCCUUUAACAUUGAUGUUUUACACACCAGCCUAUACUCUUUUUUUUUAGAUAGAUAGAUAGAUACAGUAGAUAUACAGAUAGAUGGAUAGAUAGAUCACUUUAUUCAUCCACAAGGGAAAUUGUGUUGUUACAGCAGCAAUUACAUAAAUCACACGAACAUAUCAUACAGACACCUUCACAGCCAUACAUCAAAAUAUACAUACAUUGUCUACCAUAUAACUUGAUGAAAUAGAUCGAAUUAAAUUAAGAGAGGAAAAUAGAAUGUGAAUUAUAACAAUUCUAGUAAUCAGAAGAUAAUCCACAUUGUCCUUCCUGUGCAUCGUUUCUUCUUUCCCCCCUUUAGAGUGGACAGACUGUGAGGCAGGGAGAGGAAUCAGGACCUGCCCAUAAAUUGCUUUGGAAAAGGAGAGGGGAGAGAGAGAGAGAAGUGAGGGAGAUGGAGACAGAGCAGAUGCAUUGGAAGGAGCAGAGCUGAGGUUUUUUUCUUCUCCUCCCUCUUGUCUCUUUUGUUGUGUCGGCACAAAUAAAAAUCUGUUGAACGUGGGCAAAGACCACCACCACCACCACCUCCUCACUGCAAGCCCCUCAAACGCAGCCCAUUUGCCAGAGCUGGAUCCCAGUGUGGAGCUGGUUGUGCGGCAGGCUAACGGAGGGCUAACGGGGGGCUGCAAGACUCUGUGGCAGCGAGAAGAGGAGGAGGAGGAGGAGGGGCACUGGUGGUGAGCUGGUGGGCUUCCUCUGCCUCACAGACACAUUUUAUUGACUUGCUAAUUGGAUGAGGCACUCGGAGGAGAGGAUGCAGUGACCGAGAGGAGCUGCUCUCCAGAGGAGGGAUACAGGCACAAGGAAGCCUUGCUUGCGUUCUGCGUAUAUCCAGCUACUUCAUCUCUUUUUCAUACAUUUUUUCUUGAGACAUAACAACAGAUGUUUUUCAGCAUCUCCCCGUGACCCUCACGCCGCGCGUUCAUAAUUUUAUGCAUGACAUUGUCGAAUGGAGGCUCCAGCUGCCAGGCGCUUCGUGACAAGUGAAUGAUUUCCAUUUUGAUGUUUCCUCCCCCUGUUCCCUCUCACCCGUUUUUCUCUGGGACUCAUCAGAUGGAGCUCAGCCUCGUUUGAUGUGCCAUUUGAUAUGAACGGUAUUAUGAGGGCAAGAUAAAUUCCUCUUCAAAUCAAAUGCACAUAGAGCUCUUCAAUGGAUAUGCUUCGGGGAAAAUGAAGUCUUGUCCCUUUUGCCAUGACUGAGGUGUGUGGGUCUGGCUAGGUCGGAGAGCAGGUGCCACUGUGCUGAGGUCCGCUGUUCCAAUGAGCAAAGCCGGCAACCCACAGAGACGCACCACGUACCUCAUCUCCCUCACUCUGGUGAAGGUUGAGGCUGUGCCAGAGGAUGUAGCAGGGAACCAGAAGGAGGCUCUCCCAGAGGGGGAAGGGAGCCCCAAGAAGGAUGAGGAGAGCAAUGUCCCUGAAAAGGAAGAAGGACUUGUAUGUGCACAAGUGGUGGGGAAAGAAAACACGCAGGUGGAAGAAGAUGCGGAGCAGGUGCCGGUCAAGUAUGGUACCCCCACUGAGAACAGAGGGAAGCUCGAGAGGAGGGAAACUCACGGACACCAAAAAGACAUUGCAGCAACUGCUAAAAGCAAAGACCCUUCUCUCGUACACCCACCUGUUCGGCAAAUGGUCAAAGUGUAUGGAGGAACUACCUCUGAGGGAACUGUCCGCAGAGAGGGGCCUCGCUCCGAAGCUCUGCGCCCUAAGACGGAGCUCUACCGGGAGCCACCCAUGCUGUUCCUAAAGGGUGAAAAUGGAGCAGACGUGAACAUUCGCUCACGUUGCAGCCUCCCCUUUUCCAUCCCACCGCAGGUCAGCCAGCGUCCUGAAGUCCUGAUGAGGCCACACGCAGGAGGCAACUCUGCAGGCUGGAGGGAAGCCAGAGAGGCCAAUACCAGCCUGUAUCACUCUGCUAAGACGCUGGACCGCCGGGAUAACCGUAUCGGGGACCAUUCCGCCUUAAUGGCAGCUACAACUCUGGGGCCUUACAGGGCGUCCUGGGCCGACAGCGACGGCAGGGGCACACUCAUUCGCCCUGGAGCUCCCACCAGCGGAGGGUUUUCAGGCGUAAUGGCCCGGGACAGUCCACAGGGGGAGAGAUUUAAGACCGUUUCGGUUUCCCUGCCUGCACCUCCUGCCACUGAUGUGUCCAGGCCUCAGAGGAAAGGUACAAGUCGUACCCUGGACAACAGCGACCUCCAUUCCCUCUCCGAGGACCUGAGGAAGGGGAAGGAGGGCCAGGGAGGAACAAUCCAGCGAGCUCCUCCUCGUGACCGCAAGAUGCUGAAGUUCAUUAGUGGGAUUUUCACCAAAAGUGCAGCUGUGCCACCCACUGUCAACACUGCACCUCCCCUCUAUCCAGCUGUGGAGAGGGGCUCAAGCGAAGAGGAAGGUGCAUUCACCAGUAGUCAAGAAUGGACCAUGACCCAAACUGUACAAGAGCUUCACCUGGGUGUCCUGGGAGGUCUGUGCAGUGGGAAGUCUGCACUGGUCCACAGACACCUGACAGGAAGUUACCUGCCACUGGAAAACGCUGAGGGACGCCAGUACAUUAAGGAUGUCCUGGUUGACGGACAGAGUCACCUUUUGAUCAUCAGAGAAGAGACAGAGCUGCCAGAUGUUCAGUUUGCAAGUUGGGUGGAUGCAGUUAUCUUAGUCUUCAGUCUGGAAAAUGAGGCCAGCUUCCUGGAGGUUUACAAAAUCUACCAUCAGCUUGCAAUCCACCGGCCUGUCACUGAGAUACCUUUCGUAGUAGUUGGCACUCAGGAUAAAAUCAGCAGCACCAACCCCAGAGUAAUCGAUGAUGCCAGGGCCAGACAGCUGUGCUCAGAUGUGCGGCGCUGCACUUACUAUGAAACCUGUGCGACGUACGGCCUCAACGUGAACAGAGUCUUCACUGAUGCUGCUCAGAAGAUCAUGGCAGCCAAGAAGCAAGCUGCUCUGCUGGCUUCCUGCAAAUCUCUCCCUAACUCCCCCAGUCAUUCUGGAGGCUCCACUCCAGUGUCAGGCGUCUUUCCAGGACAGGCCAGUAACGGAGGUCAGAGCAGUGACUACUCCUCCUCACUUCCCUCCACCCCUGUGAUCAGCCAUAAAGAGAUCGGCAGGACAGCGAGAGGGGAGAAACAGGAGAGUGCCACGCCCGGGUCUGUCCGCAGCACCACCCGACGACGCACCCCUCGAUUUGCGGGUCGGAGAGGCAGUGACUCAAACAGAAGAAGUGCGGACUAUAAGGGGGAUCUGGGCAUUGGACGCUCCAUCCCCAUCAAACAGGGCAUCUUGCUGAAGCGCAGCGGGAGCUCGCUCAACAAAGAGUGGAAGAAGAAGUAUGUCACACUGUCCAACGACGGCAUACUGUCCUAUCACUCCAGUGUCAAUGACUACAUGCUGAACACCCCGGGGAAAGAGAUGGACCUGCUGAGAGUGACGGUGAAAGUUCCCGGGAAGCGACCACCUCGUGCUGUACCUGCCUGCGGCCCUGCAGCCGGGCUCAACGGCCGGGUCAAAGACGUCCCAGGACCUGAGGGUGUCAGCCCAGUCCUGGUGAGUGCCAGCAGCCUCCUGCAGGUGGAGGAAAUGGAAGGGCUGGGUGGUGCACUCUUCCUGAGGGGUAACAGAGGGGUGCAACGAUGUCCCUCCACAUUAUCGAACCACGCUCAGAGUGUUGACUCUGCAGUUGAGGGAGUCUCCAGCUCCUCCUCCACCAAAGACGUAGGCUCUGCCUCGCCAGUGACCGACAGGAAGAAGCAUCGCAGGAAGAAGAGCAUGAACCAGAAAGGAGAUGCAGCCACUGGCCAAGCAGAUGCCAAGCGAAAAAUGUGGAAACUGAAGAGCUUUGGUAGCUUGAGGAACGUAAGCAAGACAGACGAGGAUAACUUUGACUUCGUCGUUGUGUCGAGCACCGGCCAGACGUGGCACUUUGAAGCCCAGAGUGUGGAGGAGAGGGAUUCCUGGGUCCAAGCCAUCGAGAGCCAGAUCCUGGCCAGUCUGCAGCUGUGUGAGAGCAGCAAAAACAAGGCUCGCAGGAACAGCCAGAGUGAAGCGGUGGCUCUGCAGGCAAUCCGCAACGCAAAGGGCAACAACUUCUGUGUCGACUGUGAUGCUCCGAAUCCAACCUGGGCCAGUCUGAACCUGGGCGCGCUCAUAUGCAUUGAGUGUUCAGGGAUCCACAGAAACCUGGGGACCCAUCUGACGCGUGUUCGCUCGCUGGACCUCGACGAUCUGCCCCGAGAGCUCACUCUGGUUCUCAGCGCCAUCGGCAACUACAUGGUCAACAGUAUAUGGGAGGCGCGCACCCUGGGCCAACGCAAACCAGCACCUGAUGCUACAAGAGAGGAGCGGGAGUCAUGGAUCAGAGCCAAGUAUGAGCAGAAACUGUUUGUGGCGCCGUUGCCUCCUCCCACUCCCAGUGAGGGCCCAGACAUCACGCUAUCUGGCCGUCUUCUGUUGGCAGUGAUGGAGCACAACCUCCCAAAGCUGCUGCUCCUUUUGGCCCACUGCACUAAGGAGGACAUUAAUGCACCUCUCAGCCUGGCCCUCUCCUCCAGGUCGCUCUUAGCGCUGCGACUGCCCGGCUCUGCCCUGCACGCCGCCUGUCAGCAGGCCGAUGUGGUGAUGACGCAGCUCCUUGUUUGGUAUGGCUGUGACGUUCGGUAUCGGGACGCUCAGGGCCUGACGGGGUUGGCUCUGGCUCGCAGUGCUGGCAGCCAGGAGUGUGUCGACAUCCUUCUCCAGUACGGAUGCCCAAAUGAACCGGCGGCCCCCUCCAUCGCCACGACAGUCGGCUACGCAGCCGCCGCUACAUCCAGCUUCCCUGUUGCCAUGACACCCAGCCUGACAGUUGCCACGACACUCAAGAUCUCGCAGAGCGGUGGCACAAGUUUGAGCUACAGCACGUCGAGAAGGGCAGUGUCAUAAUGAAAAAUGUGGUAUAGUGUGUGUGUGUGUGUGUGGGUGUGUGUGCGUGCAUGUGUGUGUGUGUCAGUGAUGAAAACCCACUGGUGAUCACACACAGGCACAUUCAGUCUGCUAGAAUGAUUUAACCAAAACAAAAAAAAGGAGAAGUUUUCCCGACCACACUACAUCGCAUCCAGAUUCCUCUGCGAACAGACUUCAUAGGAAUGUAUUGCACUGUAUACCAGCUGGUAUGAUUCAUAUUUCCUCAUGCAGUCAAUAUUCCAUCAAGUUUGAAUAUUUACUCUGUUACAAAUGCAGUAUAUUUACUCUGUUGAGAAUGGAAAUCUGCCUUUGGCCUCAAACAGCUUAACUGAGCAUCUAGAGCCCAGAAGUGAAGAACUACAAUAAGUUUACUAUUUGAAAGAUAGACGUCUCUACUUUCAAGUCUGUCAAACACCUCCAUACUACUUUCUAACGUUAUUGACCAUGAAUGUCAGUUUUGAAAUUUAGAGUGUGUAUACUGUGUUAAGUUGAACACAGCUGGUUGUUUUGCUGCAAAAAAUAAUGUUGUGUAAGUUAAUAAAAAAAAAGGCCCAAAACUGGUCUAAAACAAAGGCUGUUUUAAAGCUAAUGAAAAAUAACUGUAUAGAGAUACACAAAAAUACUAUAAUAGAUUGUUAUUGUAUGAUUUGCACACUUGGUUCUGUGUAUAAAACGCAAAGAGUGACCUAGAGCUGUUCAGAGAUUUACGAUUAACUCUUUGACAUCCAACACUGAGAUUUCUUUGUAAUGUUUGCAUCAUGUGUGACAUGAACACUGCACAUGAUGUGUGCGUCAUGACAGCAGGUCAUUAUCAAGGCCAGUGUGAUAUACUAGACAUGUAAACCAAGACGUGGAAUGGCUUGAUAUUGAUUGAAUGUAUACAGAGUUUGUCAUUUCAAACACUUACUCGUGUUUUCCAGACGAUACUUUUAGGAUGUUUUAUUCUUUGAUCAACUCAUAAUCCCGCUGUGACGAAUAGAUCAAAGGUUCUGAUCUAUAAAACUGGGCCUUUGAACGACUACAAUUAUUUACAAGUGGCUGAAUAUCAACAUGAAACAGAAUGUUUGCCCAAAUUAAUAUUUUUUAAAAGGCUUAAAAAAAAAACAGUACUGUAUGUAUUUUUGUGUUGAUCUGAAGACUCUGCUGAGUGUACUUGUCUGUGAUGUAAGCAUCUCUCUCCAUUUGUAUUUUUAUACCCAUGGAAUGAUUCAUUGGUCAUUCAUUAUCAAUACAUUAAGGCUCCUGCUCAAGCUGUGGUGCUCUGUCAGAGUCGUGUGUGUGUUUUUCUGUGUCGGGGCUCUUUGGCAAACCUGAGCUAUUUCAUAAACAUCAGUGAGAAUCUG